GCGGCAGGGAGGGGGGAGCCGCCGCCGCCGCCGCCAGCCGGGUGUGUGGCGACCUGAUCCCUGUCCAACAUGGUCGCCGCUCACACCUCCCAUUCCGCGUCCUCCGGCGAGUGGAUCGCGUGCCUGGAUAAAAGACCUUUGGAACGUUCCAGUGAAGAUGUAGAUAUAAUAUUCACACGACUGAAAGAAGUGAAAGCCUUUGAGAAAUUUCAUCCAAACCUUCUCCAGCAGAUAUGUCUGUGUGGAUAUUAUGAAAAUCUGGAAAAGGGGAUCACAUUAUUCCGUCAAGGUGAUAUUGGGUCAAACUGGUAUGCUGUUCUGACAGGAUCACUGGAUGUGAAGGUUUCUGAUACAAGCAACCACCAGGAUGCUGUAACAAUAUGCACUCUGGGAAUAGGAACUGCUUUUGGAGAGUCCAUUCUGGAUAACACUCCUCGCCAUGCUACCAUCGUUACCAGAGAAUAUAGCGAGCUCCUUCGAAUUGAGCAGAAGGACUUCAAAGCACUUUGGGAGAAAUACCGACAGUAUAUGUCUGGACUUCUUACUCCUCCUUAUGGUGUUAUGGAAACUGGCUCCAACAAUGACAGAAUGCCAGAUAAAGAUAGUAUGUCAAGUGGUGCUCUUUGCCAAGUUUCUAAAAACUGUAAUAAGACACCUCUUAUUGACUCUCACAUCCCACAUCGUCCCUCUAAAAGCAUUACACAGGUUCCUUCAGAAAAGAUCCUCAGAGCUGGAAAGAUUUUGCGGAAUACAAUUCUGUCCCGAGCCCCUCACAUGAUAAGAGAUCGUAAAUAUCAUCUGAAGACUUACAGGCAAUGCUGUGUGGGGACAGAACUUGUUGACUGGAUGAUGCAGCAAAGUACUUGUGUCCAUUCACGAAGUCAGGCUGUUGGCAUGUGGCAAGUAUUGCUGGAAGAAGGUGUUCUUAACCAUGUGGACCAGGAACACCACUUUCAGGACAAAUACUUAUUUUAUCGAUUUUUGGAUGAUGAGCGUGAAGAUGCCCCUUUGCCAUCAGAGGAAGAGAAAAAGGAGUGUGAUGAGGAGCUACAGGAUACUAUGCUGCUUCUGUCUCAGAUUGGGCCAGAUGCUCAUAUGAGGAUGAUUCUCAGAAAACCGCCUGGCCAGAGAAGUAUAGAUGAUUUAGAAAUUAUAUAUGAAGAACUUCUUCACAUUAAAGCCUUAUCUCAUCUUUCUACCACAGUAAAGCGAGAAUUAGCAGGUGUCCUCAUUUUUGAGUCGCAUCCCAAAGCUGGAACAGUCUUAUUUAAUCAGGGAGAAGAAGGUACUUCUUGGUACAUUAUCCUAAAGGGAUCAGUAAACGUAGUCAUUUAUGGCAAGGGUGUGGUAUGUACUCUACAUGAAGGAGAUGAUUUUGGCAAGCUAGCACUUGUGAAUGAUGCUCCCAGAGCAGCAUCUAUCGUUCUACGUGAAGACAACUGCCACUUCUUGAGAGUAGACAAAGAGGACUUCAACAGAAUCCUUAGGGAUGUGGAAGCAAAUACUGUAAGGCUCAAAGAACAUGACCAGGAUGUCUUGGUGUUGGAGAAGAUCCCAGCAGGAAACAGAGUUUCUAAUCAAGGAAGUUCACAGCCUCAGCACAAAUAUAUUGUGAUGUCAGGAACUCCAGAGAAAAUUUUAGAGCACUUUCUAGAAACUAUGCGCCUUGAAGCAACUUUAAAUGAAGCAACAGAUUCUGUUUUAAAUGAUUUUAUUAUGAUGCACUGUGUUUUUAUGCCAAAUAGUCAGCUCUGCCCAGCCUUGAUGGCACAUUAUCAUGCCCAGCCUUCCCAGGGUACAGAGCAAGAGAAAAUGGAUUAUUCUCUCAACAAUAAAAGGCGAGUCAUUCGACUGGUUCUUCAGUGGGCUGCUUUAUAUGGAGAUUUGCUACAAGAGGAUGAAGCAGCAAUGGCCUUUUUGGAGGAAUUUUAUGUGUCUGUGUCAGAUGAUACUAGAAUGAUUGCAGCACUAAAGGAGCAACUUCCAGAGCUAGAGAAAAUUGUAAAGCAAGUAACUGAGGAGCCUAAGGCACCACAAAAGAAGCACAAAGUUCUUCUGCAGCUGUUCAAUACAAGCGAUGACAGAGCACAGAAACGCCAACCUAUCAGGGGCAGCGAUGAAGUUCUUUUUAAGGUGUACUGCAUAGACCAAACCUACACCACUAUCCGCGUGCCGGUGUCUUCGUCUGUGAAGGAAGUGAUCAGCGCAGUAGCAGAUAAGCUGGGUUCUGGAGAAGGCCUUAUCAUUGUAAAGAUGAGUUCAGGAGGAGAAAAAGUCGUGCUCAAGCCUCAUGAUGUUUCAGUGUUUACAACUCUCACUGUUAAUGGACGACUCUUUGCUUGCCCACGUGACCAGUUUGAUUCACUGGCACCGUUACCAGAACAAGAGGGACCAUCAGCUGGUACUGUUGGAACGUUUGAACUGAUGAGCUCCAAAGACCUCGCACAUCAGAUGACAAUUUAUGACUGGGAACUCUUCAACUGUGUGCAUGAGCUGGAACUGAUCUAUCACACUUUUGGAAGGCACAAUUUCAAAAAGACCACAGCAAAUCUGGAUUUAUUUUUAAGAAGAUUUAAUGAAAUUCAGUUCUGGGUGGUCACUGAGAUUUGUCUUUGCUCUCAACUCAGUAAGCGUGUGCAGCUACUGAAGAAAUAUAUUAAGAUAGCUGCCCACUGUAAAGAAUACAAAAAUCUGAAUUCCUUUUUCGCUAUUAUUAUGGGACUGAGUAAUGUUGCCGUGAGCCGUCUUUCACUGACGUGGGAGAAACUUCCAAGCAAGUUCAAGAAGAUCUAUGCAGAAUUUGAAAGCUUAAUGGAUCCAUCAAGAAACCAUAGGGCCUACAGACUAACUGUGGCUAAAUUGGAUCCUCCAAUAAUUCCUUUCAUGCCUCUACUUAUAAAAGACAUGACGUUUACUCAUGAGGGAAAUAAGACACUCACUGACAAUCUAGUAAACUUUGAAAAGAUGCGCAUGAUUGCCAACACUGUCAGGACGGUGAAGUUCUGCCGAAGUCAAUCUUUCAAUCCUGACGCAGCCCUAGCUAAUAAGAACCAUCAGGAUGUUCGGAGCUAUGUGAGGCAAUUAAAUGUGAUUGACAACCAGAGAACUUUAUCACAGAUGUCUCACCGACUAGAGCCGCGUCGGGCAUAAACAUUUGAGGCAAUGAUGAGAAAUGAUCUUUUAUCCUGUCAAGGUCACUUGUUAAGAACUUCACUUUCUCUGCGACUGCACUGCCACUACAAAAAUAAGCAAAAACAUACUGUAAGGUCUUAGACAACGCACAACCUGUCAGAGAACUUUGGCUGAGAAAGAAUUUAUGCACUGUAGCUGUAAGGGUGGCCAUGUUGUGUACUAUUAACUCAUUUUAAAGUGCAGUAAAUGAUUUUUGUAUGAAUUUUAAAAAGAGGGAAGAAGAAAAAUAGUUUAAAAUGCACAAAAAAAAAAAGCUCCUAACACUUCUAAGGGAGCUAGUGUUUUUCUCUCUAACUAAAAACAUGUUUUAUAAUUUCUUGCCUAGGUCAGGAAAGAACUGACAGUUUUGCUUCCCCAGCUACUGUUGAUCUCAAUACGAGAUGUAUGUAAGCGUCUGAUGAAAGAGCAGAGGUUUGGGAGAAUUGUCCAAGGUAUAAUUCCAUUCAGGGAAUACUUAAAAAUUUCCCUUUGAAAUACAGCAGAUACUAAGAAAAAAUUCUAAUGUUACUCAUACUGCCUACCACUUCAAGCAGCAUGGCCACUUCAGAAAACUGACAGGACUGAAAAUAUUUUGAACGAUAGCUAGAUUAAUCUGUGUUUACAUUUUAUUUCUUUUUUUAAACUAUCAGGUUUUUACAAAAUUCCACUAUGAAUUAGUCAGGCUGUCAAAAUCAUCAAUAGCAUAAAGGUAGCAAAAGACUGAUUCGAAAUGAGCACAAUAUGCACAAACAGAUUUCAUGAGAAUAGUUUCCUGGACAUCAGAACCUUCAGCUAUGAUUAAUACUGGCUGGCUAACAAGUAUUUUCUGGUCUUAAGCAUUUACAAAUAUCUAAAUUUUCAGCCAAUUGUUUUGCACUUUCAACAGACUGUAAAUAAAUAUUAAUUCAUUAUGUUCUACAAUAUUUAUUUAUGUAAUAGCCAUUGUGCAAAAAUAAUUCUGUUUUAUUUAUUUUGUUUAGCAUGUUCUCAAGUGCAGCUUUUGUCUUUAUACUUUGUGUGCAUCUCGUGUAGGAAUUGUGUGACGUGUUUCUGUAAAUAACACUCAGUACCUUAUUAAACGUAAUUGCUGGAAAGGUUUGGUCACUGGCCUUAUUUGCACAUUCAGCUUCGUUCCUGCGUAAGUCCUAGUGCUGCUUAUUGGCAGUUACAGUAAAUUCACUUGUAUUUUGCUGGGCCUUGAGACUACAUGUAGCCCAUAUCUACGCUGGUGGAGAUGACCACCAUAAACCCAGUGCGAUGCGCCCCUGCCAUGGCAGAGCAGCAGCACUGCAGUUCAACACCAGCUCAUUCAGGCUAAGAAGGGCCCUGACGCUCCCACAUAAAGACAGAAACCAUUUGUAGUGGAAAGGUUUAAAUGAAGAAGUGAUUAAUUCUUAAUUUUAGUUAACUCAGAAGUUUGUCAUCCUCACUCACAAAUGUGAACAUUCCAACCUACUGACUUCAGACAAGAUUUUACCUCGAGUAAGACCUUGGGACCUGGAAGGCCCCUGGCUCCUGCCCUCCAGAAGACCCAGAACCACAAAGUGAUCUGGUUGGGCCCCAUUCCCAUCAGGAUCAGUAGUGAUCAUCUGAACGCUCCUGGGAUGGCUGUGCUACUGCUAAGCAAGCACAUGUGGGGCCUGGCAGGUGCCAAGGAAAUGAUAAUGUUUACAUGGCCAAAAUCUUUCCUAUUGGAUUCACACCAGCUCUGCUCAGGGAAGUUGAAUGUCAUAAAAUCAAUUAAGCCCGAUAUUAGAAGCUGCAGGUAUUUUCUCAUAAUUAAGUUUCAGAGAUUGCCUCGUUGAUACAGCCUACCUCUCAGACACAGAGUAUACUUUCCUUGGAGUUGACCAGGAUGCUGUACUGUCAGUGCAGACAUAAAGAUUAUAUUUUUUAAUAUCUAAAAAAUAAUUUCAACCUUUUAGUUAAAAUAGAGUCUGCAAAAGCUGAGGAUCACCAGGGAAAUACUGACAUGCUAGACUAUUAGCUGUUCUGUACCUGCAUUCUGCAAAGGAAAGAAUUACACGGUUCAGAAAUAUUCUGCAGCAUGAUGACAUAAUUUAUUUUAACUUUGCUGUCUGACUAGAAGUUCAAGAUGAUUCAGAGGAAAACCAGCUAAAACCAUAGAGACGAGUUUCUGUCUUGUUAUUUCAAGUAAUAAAUAUUUCUUAUUUUCCUUUGUACUGCUCUAUGAGUAUACUUCGUAUAGCUUUUUCAGAUGCAGAAUCUUCCCAGAAGCAAAGCAUGCAUUAGAGUAAACUUCAGGUUCUGAAUUAAUUCAUAAGAUGUUUUUAUCUUUACAAUCAAUUCAUAGCAUUUCUGAGUUCGUGAUUUUAUUUGUUCCAGAUUUAUUCCUAUUGUUUGGACUUUCAUUUAUUACUGUGUUAACUGGUUUAUAAAGCUGCCAAGUUUCAACUUGGCUCAGCACAAAGGCUGAUUCUUCAUCCAUUUAAUGUGUUUUUAUCCCCUUUAUUUAUUCUUUUAUUCCUUAGAACCUCUAACUGCCUCGCUUAUUUGUUGCCAAACAGUCUCUAUCACAUAGAUACAUCCCAGUGAUUCAGAGAUUUUAUGGCACCUCUGUAUCAACAAAUAAAUGCAGUUUACCUAUCUCAAUGAAACUGGUGUCUGGCAUUUUUAAAUUUUCCAAUAAGGGGUGCUGUAUAAAUAACAGCUCGCUAUCUGUGCAUCUAACUCAUUCGAGUGGUUCAGAUAGUUGCUAUGGCACUGAUCACAGCCUACAUACCUAGAGAUUAAAUGAAUUAAGCUACCUUCUGGCUCUAGGAUCUGUAUGGGGCUCCUCUCCUGUUGUUGACUUUACAACUGGAAAGCAGCUGUUGAUCUGUAGCUUUUGCUGCCUGAAGCUUCAGUGUCACAAUAGCAGAAAGAAUGAUAGGAACUCCAGAAACACUGAAAUAUUAAUACCCCUAUCACCUUCACCCUGUGUCUGCAGCCACGAGUCACAACUCCCUGUGUGGGAGCGCUCUGCUGGGUCCAUGCUGGGUGAGCUGUAGCACGCUGCUUGGCCUGAUUUUGGCAUGUACCAACUCACACAGCAUGGGAGUGCCCAGGCAUGAUCUGGAGGGGCCAUUGUCAUUGAAAAUGGGGAGACAUUUGGCCUGUCUGCAUUUUCCCCUUGCAGCCCUUACGGGACCUGGAGGUUUCACACCCCAUCCCACACUGCUUGAGAAGGUACUUAUGUCAGCACUUCAGACUGCACAAAUGUAAACCUGUUCAAAACAAGGA